GAAGAAGAAGAAGAAGGAGAAGAAGGAGAAGAAGGAGGAGGAGGUUGUUAUUUUCUCUCUCUGGUGUUUUUGUGUUUCGGACCCUCGGUCUUCAGUUUUGUCUCUAAAUCCGGAUCAUAUCUGUGAACCCGAAUCUCAGAGAGACCCGGACCCGGAGGACCGGAGCGAGUCUGCAGUAAAAACGGGAGACGAGAAGAAAAAGAGUCCCGGAAGUGGAUUUACCGUCAGGUCCUGUCAGGCUAACCGGUGUUAGCAGGUAAGCUAACUACAUAAACCCGCUGCUUCCGGUUUUUACUCAUUAACUUAUUAACUAACUAACCGUCCGGGUUAAAGACGUCACACUGAUCACGUGAUCACCGGGAACCGUUAUCAGCUGUUAGUGAGACCCGGACUGAGACCUGAGACCCGAACUGAGACCUGAGACCCGAACUAAGACCCGGACUGAGACCUGAGACCAAACUGAGAUCUGAGACCCGAACUAAGACCCGGACUGAGACCUGAGACCAAACUGAGACCUGAGACCCAGACUAAGACCCGGACUGAAACCUGAGACCAAACUGAGACCUGAGACCCGGACUGAGACCCGGACUGAGACCCGGACUGAGACCCGGACUGAGACCUGGACUAAGACCUGGACUGAUACCUGAGACCAAACUGAGACCUGAGAUCCGAACUAAGACCCGGACUGAGACCUGAAGUUUCCUAUAAAAUAAAUAAAUGAUAUUAUCAGAAUAUUUAAUCAAUAAAGAGAUUGAUAAUAACUCUGAUCUCCAUGUUUAUUCCUAAUCAAUACUUCCUGUCCCUCUGAUGGUUAUUUUGGUUUUUCGUGGUCAUCAGUUUUUUUAUUAUUAUUAUUAAACUCUGUUGUUUGUUGUUGUUGUUGAACUGCAGAGUUUGAGUGACAGUUCAGUAUGUGUCUGCAGCUGACUAAUCCUCUACUAACUACUUCUAACUACUUCUAACUACUUCUAACUACUACUACUACUUCUGCUGCAGCAGCUAACUACCCCUGUACGCUCAUCGACGACCGCUGCUGAUGAGAAUCCAAACUCUGCUACGAACCGAACUACCACCUAAUAUAACCCACAAAGCGCAGCGUUUUUGUCGUGCUUUUAUUUUGAAAAGCGUCACGUCACCUGUAUAAUGCGAAGUCUCGUUUGUCAUUGGUCACGUGGUUUUCAGCGAACUGAGGUUCAAUCUUACAGUCCUGAUAAUCCAUCGAUGAUCGUUGGUCUCUUGAUCUCUUUUUCUUUAAAAAGUGUCGUGGGACGACGACUGUCGUGAAUCAGCGCAAAAUAAAAAAAAUCGGAUUAAAGUUCACCUGUCGUCUGACUGAACGAUUUUAUGUUUUUAUUUAAAUUCAGAGUUUUUAUUUAUUAUUCUAUUUAUUUUAUUAUUUAUUAAUUAUUUAAAUUCUAUGUUUUUAUUUAUUAUUCUAUUUAUUUUAUUAUGUAUUUAUUAUUUAAAUUCAGAGUUUUUAUUUAUUAUUUUAUUUAUUUUAUUAUGUAUUUAUUAUUUAAAUUCAGAGUUUUUAUUUAUUAUUCUAUUUAUUUUAUUAUGUAUUUAUUAUUUAAAUUCAGAGUUUUUAUUUAUUAUUCUAUUUAUUUUAUUAUGUAUUUAUUAUUUAAAUUCAUAGUUUUUAUUUAUUAUUUUAUUUAUUUUAUUAUGUUUUUAUUAUUUAAAUUCAGAGGUGUUUUUUGGACUGAAGGAACACUCUGGUGAGAAACUCGUUCCGUUUUUGUUUCAUCGUCUCUGGUUUCUUUUUCACGUCUUUCUCUGUUUUUGCUGAUUCACUUUAUACCCGGUCAGUAAAGUACGUCUUCAGAAUAGCGGCGGUCUCAGGUGAUGCAUUCUGGGUAAAUGGGUCUAACCAACUUGGCUUAGUGAGGGUCUGUUUUUUUUAUAUUAAAAUCGUAAAUCUCAAAUACAGUGAAUGAACAUGCAGUAUAGUAUUUUAUUUUAAUAUGAUUAUUUCUCAAGACUUAUUUAUUAUAAUUAGGCCGAUUGGUUUUCAUCUUUUUAAAAGUUCUGAAUUUUGGCUCCUAAAAAAAACUCAAAAAGUUCAUUUUUGUCUCCGUUUGUUGGCCUGACUGAAGUCUUUUACUCCUCUGUCCAGCAGAGGGCGCUCAGCUCUAACCUCACACUCUUGGCUUCAUCAGUACGCUGAAAAGAAGAAGAAUCAAUAUCAAUAAUAAUAAUAAUAAUAAUAAUGAGGUCCUGAGGUCCAACAUCCUGGUACCUAAACAAACAGGUACUGGACUGCCCUGCUCUGACCUUUGACCUCACUCUGUUCUCUCUGUUACAGACGCUCAGCAUGAGCAGCGGAGAAGGUCGACCACGAGAGGAGGAGGGGGAGGAGUCUGAGGGGGAGGAGCAAGAGGAGGGGGAGGAGGACUUCUACGACUGUCAGGAGAACCUGCAGAACCUGGAGCUGAGAGGAGGAGGAGAGGAGGAGGAGGAAAGGAAACAAGGAGACGGACUGAUGGACAGGAGGGAGGAGACAGAGAGGAGGAGCGGAGGACAGGGGGAGGAGACAGAGAGGUGGAGGGGAGGACAGGGGGAGGAGCAGGAGGACAGACAACAAGACAACGAACUUCAGAGAGACGAUGAGGAGGAGGAGGGGCUGCAGGAGGACUCUGACUCUGAGAUGAAGGGGGGAGUCGGGGGUGAGGUGGAGUUUGAUGAUGAGUACCUGAGAGAGCAGGAGAAGGAGCUGACGGAGGAGGAGAAGGAGGUAACACCUGUUCACCUGUAUGUUGGUCAGCCUGAUGUGUUCAGGGUCAGUUUGUAACUUUGUGUUUCAGAGUCGACGGCAGGAGAGUUUGACUCUAAAGGAGCGAGGGAACGACCAGUUCAAGGCUGGAGGUGAGGCCACGCCCACUUCCUGGAAACCAGUUUAACCAGUGUGACCCGUUUAACCAGUGUGACCCGUUGUUCCUGCAGACUGGUCGGAGGCGGAGCAAAGCUACAGGGAGGCCCUGGUUGUUUGUCCGGUCUGUUUCAGCAAAGAGAGGUCUGUGUUGUUCUCCAACAGAGCUGCUGCCAGACUGCACCAGGUUAGAACACGCUAAGAACACGCUAACAGCUGAGCUGAUGCCAGACAGACACAUCAAACCUACAACACACCACAAACACGCUUACAACACAGCAGCUACACACCUCCCACUGAGCAAGUUUUGGUCUGAUAGACGUCUAAAUGUAGACCAGACGACGGUCUACAAUCAGACUACCACAGGUCUAAAAAUGACCUCUAAAUUUAGACCGAGGUUAGACUCGCCGGCUAACAGAAGUCUAACUGUAUUUUGCUUAACGACUAUCAUAAUUAAAUACUUAUCGAAUAAUCGAUUAAAGUGCGACGUCUGAAUUCUUCUACAGAUAAACAGAAACUAGACUGUUGAGAUGAGGUCUAUAAAAUAAGGAGACGUCUUACAGCCGUUUAGUGCUCAGUGGGCUGGUUCCACUCAAUGAAAUCCUUAACAACAGUUUCCUCUGUGUGUGUGUGUGUGUGUGUGUGUGUGUGUGUGUGUGUGUGUGUGUGUCAGGGUCUGAAGGAUCAGGCCAUCGCUGACUGCUCCAAAGGUGAGUGUUGAUGACAUCACACUUUACCUGCAUGUUGACAUCAGUCUCUGACGUGUCUGUGUGCUGAUUGGCUGUCCUGUUACUAUAGCGAUAGAGCUUAAUCCAGAUUAUGUGCGAGCGUUACUCAGGAGGGCGGAGCUUUACGAACAGACGGACAAGCUGGACGAGGCCCUGGAGGACUACAAGAAGGUUCUAGAACUGGACUCAACACAGUCCACAGCAAGACAGGCGUGUAUGGUGAGUCUAUAACAGUCUACAUCCAUAACAGUGUAUAACAGUCUACAUCUAUAACAGUCUAAGUCUAUAACAGUCUAUAACAGUCUACAUCUAUAACAGUCUAUAACUAUAACAGUCUAUAACAGUCUACAUCUAUAACAGUCUAAGUCUAUAACAGUCUAUAACAGUCUACAUCUAUAACAGUCUAUGUCUAUAACAGUCUACAUCUAUAACAGUCUACAUCCAUAACAGUCUCUGAGUUGUCUGGUCUGUGAUUGGUGGACCAGAUAAGAGGCGGGGCCUCAUUCUCUUGGCUCCUCCUUCUAGAUUCUCUCAGAUAGACUCAGCCUUAUUUUCAGUCCUCCAUCCUCAGAGUUCUGGACCUCAAAGGAGUUCUGGUUCUGGUUCUGGUUCAGAGACGCUCUGAAGAUCUGAUGGUGUUUUUAGAUUUUUCUGUUAGAGGAACUUUGAUCAGAUCAAUGAAACUGAUUGAUUAGAAAUGUUUAUAAGGACACUUGGAACUGACCUGAUUGGACCUUUCUGUCUCUCUUCCUGUUCACCUGUACCUCACCUGUUCACCUGUACCUCACCUGUUGACCUGUGUUUGUCCCUCAGAGGUUACCUGGGCAGAUUCAGGAGAGAAACGAGAAGAUGAAAGCGGAGAUGUUGAGUACGUACUUCACCUGAACACAUCGUCUUAAAGGAACACUUCACUGUUUUAGCCAAUGAAUCAUUAAGCAGCCAAUCAGAGCUCAGUAAAUGUCCACUUCCUGUCUUAAGACGACCUCACCUGUCCCUCAGGUAAACUCAAAGAUCUGGGGAAUCUGGUCCUCAGGCCGUUUGGACUUUCCACCAACAACUUCCAGGUGAACCAGGACGCUCAGACGGGGUCGUACUCCAUCAACUUCGUCCAGAGUCCCCACGGCAACAACAACAACAACAACAACAACAACGACGGCAACACUACAUGAUGACAUCACAGCGCCCCCCCCCCCCCCCCCCCAUGUGUUUCUAAAUAAAGCUGAUUGGUUUGUUUACUGCUGGUGGUGUUGUUGUGACCUUUGACCUGGAGCCGGACUACAUUGACCCAGA